AUGAUUGUCGUUCUGCUUGUGUCCAUGCCAAUGGUGUUGUACAGUGGUGGCCAAGAAUUGGAGUCACCAGCUUUUCUACCAGAGCUUCUUAACACACCUGAAAGAAUCUUAAACAAUGCCACAUUCUUCAAUGGAGUCUUUCAAAACGUGGGAAGUGUUGCAUUAUUUUUUGACUGCCUGGGUUCUCAUUUCACUUGGUUACAGUCCAUCUUCACUAACUUUCCUGCUCUGCUCAAUUUUGUGAACAAAAUGAAGUGCAUUACUGGCUUUUGUCCCAGAGAUUUUGAAGACUAUGGUUGUUCAUGCCGGUUUGAGAUGGAAGGGCUUCCCGUGGAUGAAGCAGAUGGCUGCUGUUUCCAACACCGCAAAUGCUACGAGGAAGCAAUGGAAAUGGAGUGUACAUGGGACCCAUCAAAGAUCUCUACGGAUGUCAGCUGCCCUACAGAAAAGCUGAUCUGUGAGUCUGGAGAUCCCUGUGAACAGCUCCUCUGCAACUGUGACAAAGAUGCUAUUGAAUGUUUUCUGAACGCACAUAUUAACUCUUCCCUGAAUGGCCUGGAUGUCUCCUUUUGUCCAUCUCUGGUUACAGAAACAACUAGCAUGAAAGAGCUGACAACACUUCACAUGGAAGUGAUUUCUUUAGAGCCCAGUGGGAUGGUCCUGGGGACUUCCAAAGCAGAAGUUAUCACCACUACAAGCAUGGUCACCCCAGCAGCCACAGCUAAAAAAAAGGAUGGAUUUACAGAAGCUGCAGUCCCAGUGGAAAAGAGAACCACUUCUCUAACCUCAUCCCCAGGAGAUAUUAACUCAACAAAAGUCAAAAUUGUCCCCACUGAGACUAUUCCUGCAGGAACACCUGUGAGGACAGAAGAAAAAGAGACAAGACCCAUCAGAGGUGGCCAGAGCACGGCUUAUUCUGGGAUAGCUCUGGAACCAACACUGUCUGACAGAGGAUCCAAGGAACCUGCAGGAAAAGUAUGCGAACGAUUAACCUUUCUGCAAGACAGAGGAGACGGGAGAGCGACGAGGGAGCUGCCUCAGCUCGGAGAAAUGUUGUUCUGUUUAACUGAGCGAUGUCCACAGGAAUUUGAAUCUUACGGUUGCUACUGCGGCCAAGAAGGAAGAGGUUAUCCUGUCGAUGAGCUGGACAGGUGUUGUUUCUCUCAUCACUGCUGUAUGGAACAAAUUAAGAAACUUGGAUGCCAGGCAGAAAGAAUUUCACGGUCUGAAGUCUUAUGUUUGGAUCACAAGCCAAAAUGUAUUGGCUGGAGCUUGUGUGAGAAACUACUAUGUGCUUGUGGUAAGACAGCAGCUGAAUGCAUGGCUUCUGCUUUCUUCAAUGAAAGCCUUAAGUUUCCACAUAGCCAAGUAUGCCAAGAGGGAAAAGUCUCAUGUCGAAGUGGAGCAUAUGAACGGCCUUUAGGUGGUACAGAAUCAGGCACCGGGAUUUCUAGCUCUGAGGAAAGCAGUGAAGAGGAAGGUCCGUUAUGGAGCAUAUUGAGAAGAGCAAAGAGAGAGACACACCAUCCAUUUGGAAACGUAGGAAUCCUACAACAUGAAGGCAGAUAA